AUGUGUUUCGGUGCUAUAAAGACGGUCGAGAUGCAGAAUUACUUCUUGUUGAUCUAUUUAUUACAGAUGUUCAACACAUCCUUCACCUUUUUAUUACCGUGCUUUAUGCUGAUCUUGGCAAUGCUUAACAUAAGUAUUCUACCAGAGUUUGUCAGUUCGUCUUUUGUCCUAUUCAUGUAUUUUCACUCGGCUUUCAACUCGUUGAUCCUCAUAUUUUCCACGAGAACCUACAGACAAGUGCUUUAUGGAUGGUGGUUGAAAGUGUAUUCGCUUAUUUCAAGAAAAGCAACCAAAGCUCUAAAAUCAGUCUCAAAAAAUGAAAGCCCUGCAAAUGAUUCUCAUCGUUGUUUUAUUUUUCGCUCUCAUUGCUCAAAGGAUUGUUUCAGUGAAUCCACUCCAUUGGUGUCUCGACGAAUGAAACGACGUUUGAUAAUGCGACAACCAAUGAUGGAUAUCCCCUUUGAGGAUGUUCUCGAUAUACACAAUUUGGGAGCAAGCAAGAGAAAACUAUGGCACUCACACAAAGCGCAACUUCUUCCCAAUCUCGGCUAUCUACGAGCUCUGGUAGUCCCCAACCACCCCUUCCCCAUUCGCAAAGUAGUACCC